AUGCGACAAACAAUGGUAGCAUGUAUAGUGUUAUUGUUAUGUUCAGCAUUAGCUGUAAUACUUUUAUUACCUGUUGUUAUAAAUGCAACCGUUGUACAUGUUGAUGUUCAAACAGGUAAUCUAAUAAUCGAUAAUCAAAAUGAUACUUUUCAUUUAGAUCAUCAUCAUAUAACACAAACAAAAUGUAUAUUUGAAGAAAGCAAUCCAACAUUUAUGUAUUAUACAUUUGCGUGUGGUUUCUUAUUACCUGCUCUUUUAAUUACCUAUUUUUACCUAAAUGUAAUUAUACGGUUACGUAAAAGUACCGCAAAUGUUCAUCGGCAUACUUUUUUAGCGAAACAGCAGAAUGCAAAUGUAAGGAUAAGGCAGGUAACGAAACGAGUUAUUGCCAUGAUUUUAUUUUAUUUUUUUUGUUGGAUGCCACAUUGGGUAUUGAAUUUACUGGCUCAUUUCGAACUUAUUGCUGUAUCCUGGUCAACCUUAACAUUAUCGUCAACAUUUUUUGUGGCCCAUUUAUUGGUAUGUUUUAAUUCGGCCGUAAAUCCAAUCUUAUAUGCGCUUAUCAAUCGAGAAUUACGACAGCAACAUACAAAAGCAUUAAUUAAACGUUGUCGUUCAUUAUCAAAUGCUACCAGUACCGCUCUUGAUGCUCUUAUUAAGCAUUCUCAUCAGUAG